GCUGAUGGAUACGCUGCAGCAAAGCCUGCUGCUGCUUCACUCAGCUACAGGGGAUGCUGGUGCAGCCGUCGUGGCGGCAGCACUGCUGACGCGUGUGGUGACCGCUCCAUGGAAUGCCACCUCGCUCAGGCGCCGCUGUGACGCAUUCGUUCUGAUGCCAGUGUACAUGGAGCUGGCAAAGGCCUACAGCGACGCGCAGGCUCGUCGAGGUGGCCGCAAUGGCGGUGGCGCUGACGGUGCGGCCAAGGCUGAAGCCGAUCUACAGAAGGCAACUGCGCGUUUCCAGGCAUUCACAGAGGAGACCCGGUUUUCGCCGGUGCAAGGCCUAGGUUACCAGCUCGGCGUAGUGCUGCCUAUCGGCCUGACAUACUUCGGGGCCCUCUAUGGCAUCAUGAACCAUCCGGAUGCGUUUCGAAGCUUCGUGACGGCGCCCAGCCUGUGGCUGGACUCCUUGGUGUUGCCGGAUCCAUAUGGAGUGCUGCCAUGUCUAUCUGCGCUGGCCUUGCUGGCGAACGCCGAGCUCAAUGCCAAUCCGCCCCAGCCGGGCCAGGAAGACGCAGCGGAGUACUUCAAGCUGGUCAUGAGGGGGGCGCUUCUCACCUGGGUUCCGUGGACCGCGGGCAGUUUGCCGGCGGCGACUUUCUUGUUCAUCGCCACGAAUGGUCUCUACACAGCCUUGAUUACGUGGUUUUAUCGCAAGUACUGCUGGAGCCCGCCAAAGAUAAGCUCGGGCUGGCAGCUGCCAAAGGGCAAAGGCUUCAGAUAG